AUGGGGCAGCAGUUUAGCUGGGAGGAGGCGGAGGCCGCCGGGGAGAUGGACGUAGCGGAGCUGCAGGAGUGGUACAAGAAGUUUGUGGUGGAGUGUCCCAGUGGGACCCUCUUCAUGCACGAGUUCAAGCGCUUCUUCAAGGUCACGGGCAAUGAGGAGGCCACCCAGUAUGUGGAGGGCAUGUUCCGGGCCUUCGACAAGAACGGGGACAACACUAUUGACUUCCUGGAGUACGUGGCGGCCCUGAACCUCGUGCUAAGGGGCACUCUGGAGCACAAGCUCAAGUGGACCUUCAAGAUCUAUGACAAGGACCGGAAUGGCUGCAUCGACCGCCUGGAGCUACUGGACAUCGUGGAGGCAAUUUACAAACUGAAGAAAGCCUGCCGGGUGGAGCUGGACCUGGAGCAGCAGGGCCAGCUGCUCACACCCGAGGAGGUCGUGGACAGGAUCUUCCUUCUGGUGGACGAGAAUGGAGACGGUCAGCUGUCUCUGACAGAGUUUGUUGAAGGUGCCCGGCGUGACAAGUGGGUAAUGAAGAUGCUCCAGAUGGAUGUCAACCCUGGAGGCUGGAUCACGCAGCAAAGGCGGAGGAGUGCCAUGUUCUGA